AUGUCGUUUGAUGUGGCCGACACGCCGACGGUGGCGACGCUAGCACCGAGCUCGAGUCAGACCAAACUUACCCGUAUCACGGUCCUUCCUCGCAACGGCAGCUGGACCAAGAUCAUGCCUACGGCAGCGUCGCCAGACAGCAAUGAAACAGGUCCGCGACGAACAUCGCUGACAAAACUGCGCCAAGGCACCAAGGUCAAACUCUUUGUUGCAACCGUGGCACCGACGGAGACCAUGGAUACAGCCGACGCCGUGCCUCGUCUGCCUGCCGCCGUGGGUGACGCGACGCCUUCGAAAGCUCCGAGAGACCAACCAACCGCGAGCGCGGCCACGGCGCUUGUCGAAAAAAUGCCCUCCGUUUUGGACGGCGCCGUCAAAAUGGAAGUUCUCUCGGCCGCCGAGCUGCGACGGUCCGAGCGCACGCAGUUUAUUCAAAUCUUGCAGCGCGCAUACGAGCUCCGAUCGUCGACAAAAAAAGCGCAGACCAAGCGAUUUGGUGCCCGCGACGCCAUCGAGCGCGCCGUCGAGCUCUACCGCUCGCCGCGCGAGUGCGCGAUCCACGAUUACAUUGAAACGACGCUCGACCCGGCGAUCCACGAAUUCUUCGAGCCCUUUAUGACCACACGUGCGACUCCACAGGCGUCCACGUGGAUGCACCGUCUCAAGAUAAUGCGAUGAGAAAACCGACGGGGCAACGGGGCAGCGAGGAUGACCUGACUCUGUGGGUUGACUGUACUGAAAGAAAUCCGAUGGCAUGGC